AGACUCUCUCUCUGCCUCCCGACUUCAGCAUUGCCCCUUGAGCUAGUCGCCUGAUCGCGUGCUCCCGUGGCCUCCCAGCACGACUUGAAAGCGCCCCCAGACACUCGUUCUUGUCCAGAGAACCCUAGGCACCGCUUCCAAACAAACCUCCACCGCCAGCCAAGGCACGCCCGGCGACAAAGCAAGGCCACGAUCGGCCCCUUCUCCCCGCGGACGGAACAGCUUCCCGCGGAGCUGCUGGACCAAAACAGCUGGGGCUCCGUGUUACACCGUCGCUGCACGCCGCAAGGCUCUCUCGUCAUGGACUCGCCCGGCACCACGCACACGACCCCUGGCGCUGCGCUGUCCUACAUCACCCCCAUUGGCUACAGGCGAUCAACGCAUUGCGGAUACUGCAAGGACAGCAAUCGUCCCGAUAAGCCAAUUCAGAUAUCUCACUCAUAUUACAUCCGGGCACGGUCCCUUGAACCUCACUUAUACCAAACUCUGGUAGACCGGUGCUGGAGACGGUCCGGCAAUCUGCUGUAUCGCCCGAAUCAGAAGGACUGCUGCUGCCCGCACUAUACAAUACGGCUAGAUGCAAACGAGUUCAGGCCUUCACGGGACCACCGACAGGCACUGAACCGUUUCAACAAGCAUGUACUGGGCGAGAGCUAUCUGGCUGACCUGGCCCGCCUCCACCCCAGGUCUCGAGAGGAGGCGAGGCGGCGGGCAACUGAAUUUGAUCUGCUCGAGAGACUGCACGAGAGCGAGACUUCCCUCACAAAGCAGCCUCCAAGACCUGCCCACUCUCUCACGGUGACGCUGGAGACAAACGAAUUUACCGAGGAGAAGUAUGAAUGCUAUGAGAACUACCAGAGGUUAGUACACCAUGACAAGCCCGACGAUAUCAGUCGUGAUGGGUUCAAGCGCUUUUUGUGCGACUCGCCACUGCAGACGAGAUCGAUGAAGUCCCCAACAGGCCAAGAGAGCCCUCUCGGCUCGUAUCACCAAUGCUACCGCCUCGACGGCAAGCUCGUGGCGGUCGGUGUGCUUGAUCUUCUCCCCUCGUGUGUUAGCGGCGUCUAUUUUUUCUAUCAUGAUUCCAUAUCGAAGUGGGCACCGGGCAAGCUGAGCGCGCUGCGAGAGAUUGGCCUUGCCCAGGAAAACGGGUACCGGUAUUGGUAUCCUGGCUACUACAUCCACACGUGUCCCAAGAUGAAGUACAAAAGAGACUUCAAGCCGCAGACGAUACUUGACCCAGAGAGUCUCUCGUGGGUUCCAUUCGACGAUGAAUUCACACGGCAUUUCGACGAGCAGGGAUAUCUCGACUUGUCGAGGCAGCAUGAGUCAGCGGACAACUCGGAGUCAGGAAUAUUGUCUGGGGACGAUGGGGCCAGUCAGCCACGCCUGCAGCCUCAGUCCGAGGACGAUUUGCCUGAGUUUGACGACGCGUUAUUCCGGAGUGAUAUGCCGGGGUUGACCCCGCUGGCGAUGCUGGACAUGGAAGUCCUAGACAACCUCAUUGUGCAAACCAAGUUCGGCAACCUGGCAGCGGUGGACUUGUUCCGUUGGCAGGACGAGGACAUCACCACCACUGGGAGCGAGGCAGGAGAGGACAUGACGAGCCCGAAGGUACUGGUUGCAGAGAUGGUGGCGAUGCUGGGCGAGGAUCUGGCUGGGCAUGUUUGUCUAGAUCUGACCAAGUCAUGAUUGGUACUGUACUGUAAUCCAUCCUAGGAGGGAGGUAUAGUCAUACCAAACACAUAUCAUCUUGGGGAAAUUCCGAACCCCUUUAUUCUUUG